AAUUAUGAUAAGCAUAGUUGAUUUGGUAUAAAUUAUAAAAUACGAAAAAAGUAUUUGCCAAUUGUCAUCAUUAUUCAUGCAAUUCUUAAAGGAUAUUGUGCUGUGGAUUGCAUUGUUUUUCUCUGCUAUGGAUGGAAUUGCUAUUCUCUUAAUUAGGAGCCUCAAUUUUGAAUCCUAAAUAUAAAAAAAAAAUAAAAAUUGAUAAGGAUGUUUCUCCUAAAUACGCCCCGAACAACACAAAUUUAAAUAAAUUGAAGUCAAAUGUAGGUAGAUAUUAGACAUUUAACAAGAAUUAACGAAAACUUUUUUAGAAAAAAUCAGCAUGUAGGGCCCACCUCCUCAAGAAAAGCAUGAAUAAUGGAAUAGUGCGUCCCAUCCUUCCAAAAAAAUCACAUGCUCCGCCGACCACCUCGCUUCCCCUGCUCCCCACAACUACACAGUGUAACGUCUUCUAUCUUCAUUUAUUAUUUCACCAAAAAGUACAAAUCCCCAACACAGAUUUCACCAAAACUGAAACAAAAUAAUAAAGUAAAUUAAAGUUGUUCCCUUCUCUAUCUUCUCGCCCAUAUCUUUUUUUCUGCAAAACCUUCAGAAAAAUUGCAGUGCACUUAGCAAUGGCAUGCUCAAGGCGGACAUUUUUGGACAUGCAAAAAAGUUUUCUGUUACCCAAUUCAGCUUCCAACUUUUUAACGAUUAACAUGGUUGAACAAAACUAUUGGGAUGGGACACCAAUGGGACCUAUUGUUGAUGAAGACUUUGAGAACAUACUGAAUGGUUUGGACUUGCCUAUGGAAAGUUUGGAAGAAGCCGGCCUCGAUAAAGAUUGGGAUGAUAGUGUAUACCAGUUAUUCGGUCCAAUCCCUUCGGAUGCUCUUAUGACGUUACCUUUGGAUACAGUCAAUGGCUGUUUGGAUGCUCAUAUGACCAAUGCUCCGAACGAAUUUCCGGAGGCCCAAGGGAAUGUUCUAUUCCAGAGACGCAGCCCAAUUUCUGUACUCGAAAAUAGCAGGUCCUGUUCUGGUGGAAGGAAUGCACCCUUCAACUUUGGAACUAAAGGUCGUCGCUCUAAGCGUGUACGAUCGUCAACUUUGAGUCCGUGGAUUUUGAUGCCUCCCUUGCCUCGUACAACUUUUGCAGCCAAGAAGAAUUCUGAUGCCAAAAGGGUAAAGGAAAGGAGAAAAUUAUCAGGUGCCAUGGCAUCUAGUUUAUUCAGAAGGUGCACACAUUGUGAAGUAACAAAGACACCACAAUGGAGGGAGGGACCAUUGGGUCCAAAGACCCUAUGCAAUGCCUGUGGAGUCCGUUAUCGUUCUGGACGGCUACUGCCAGAGUAUCGACCUGCUGCUAGUCCUACAUUUAUUCCAUCUUUGCACUCGAACUCUCACAGGAAAGUCGUAGAGAUGAGAAGAAAAACAGUUGAGGAGUCUCCGCAAUGGGACAGCCAAAACUUUGUUCCUCUGAAUAACUAUAUGUUUAAUACAUAUUGAAGAGAUGACUAUACUUUUAGUUAAGUGCUUAAUUUAUUUCAUUGUUUUAUUUAUUCACUGGUUGGUAGUUUGUCUAGUCAGGUUAUAAGUUCAUGUACAAAAAAAUGGGAUGCAGGAAGGUCUAGGUUAAUUAGCAUAAUUGAUAUGCAGUUCUCUGAUGUAAAAUCUAAAGUAGAUGAAUAGAUUGUUAGGUACUUCAUUUUGUUUUC